ACUGUCUCCUUCAGGCACAGGCAGCCCACCAGGCCCCACUAGGACAAACUGGAGACAUUCAUUGUGAUUUGAUGAGAAUCCAGUUGGAAGAAAGGAUUAGAGAUCUGGAAUGUGAAUUGGAGAGGGUCAAAAAAACCCAAGAAGAUAGUGCUUCUCGUAAAGAAGCAACUCAGGGAGAGAUGGAAAGGUACAAAGAGCUGUAUGUGGAGGAAGUGAAAACCAGAAGAUGCCUCGCCAAGAAACUGGAAAGGCUGGAAAAGCUUCUGAGGAUAGAGAGGAGGAAACUCCGGGUUAAUGAAGAGAAAGAAAGUCAGUCCCAGCUGGAAGAAAUGAAGAAGAGAUAUUCUGAAAAGGUCAAGGAAGUUGAUGGAUUCCAAAGAGAGGUUGCUGAACUUUCCCAGCAGCUGGACAGGGAACGUGAACAGUGCACGCAGCUGGAGGCCAAAAAUCAGGCUUUGCAAGAAGAGCUGUCUACCCUGCGUGGGAAGUGCGAGAACCUGGCGAUGGACAAAUGCCAGCUGCAAGAAGAGCUGGCAAAACUGCAGCAUCAUUUGGAGACCAACGUGGUGGACCGCAGCCAACUGGAACAGUGUAAAAGAGAGGUGGAAGAACAAGCUGACCAGGAAAUAAGGCAAAAACUCCAGGAAGUCAAUGAGUUUUUGCAAGCACAGGCAGCCCACCAGGACACAUUAGAAAAAAUCAGAACCAGUCAUGUGGACUCCUUGAAAAACCAGUUAGAAGACAGAAUUAGAGAUCUGGAACGUGCACUGGGAAGGACAAAAAGUAACCAAGCAGAAAGACCGUUUCAAAAGGAAUUCACCCAGGCAGAAGUGGACAAGUACAAAGAGCUGUAUCUGGUGGAAGUCAAAACCAGAAAAAAACUCGCCAAGCAACUGGAAAGAGCUAAUGAGAGACUUGCAGAGGCCAACACCAAGCUCUUCUUGGAGCGCCACAGAAGCAAAUCUGCAGUCCCAAGCAGCGCUGUCAGCGGACUUCUGGCUGACAUCGUGUAA